AUGAUUAAAGGUAUUUAUAAAAAAUCUUACCUUACUCCGAAGCUUGUGAUUGAGAAGCUGUGUCCUACAAUAACUGUAAGUAAUAGUGUUAAAACCCAAAAUAAGUUCAAUCCAACUCUCAAAUAUGGGGAAUACCCUGUUUUAUCGCACCAGCCAAUUCCAAGCCACAUCGUUCGGCCCCCUUAUGCUCAGAACCUGAGUAAGAAGGAUCUGGACAGAUACUAUUCCGCAAACUUGCCCUUUUUUGAGGUGAAGAAUCUCGAUCAGAUAGCUAAAAUGAGGGCCGCUGCAAAAAUAGCUGCCCGGUGUUUACAGGUGUGCAAGGAAUAUACACAGAAGGGCGUUACUGCCGACUCAGUUGAUCGCAAGGCGCAUGACUUCAUCGUAGACAGUGGAGCUUAUCCAUCUGGCGUGAACUUCCAUGGAUUUCCCAGGGCAAUUUGCAUCUCUGUCAACGAAGUUGCUUGUCAUGGGAUACCUAACACUCGCCCGUUUCAGGACGGAGAUAUAGUUUCUUACGACUGUACAAUAUUUUAUGACGGCGUUUUUGGUGACUGCGCUGGCACUUUUAUUGUUGGCAAUGUUCCUGAUGUUAUAAACAAGCUCGUCUCUGUGUCCAGGGACUGCGUUCACAUUGCCGUUGAUCACUUAAAGCCUGGCUAUCAAUUUUCCAAGUUGGCUGAAUUGGUCACCAACUACGCCAACAGGCAUGGUUUUUCAGUUAUUAAGGACUUUGGUGGCCACUUCAUUGGGGAGAGACUUCACAUGCCUCCCAUGAUUCAAUUCCACCACCCAAGUUCCACUCCCGGUGUUGCUGAGGAGGGCCACGUUUUCACCAUAGAGCCCAUCAUAUGUCAGGGCGACAACGCCGUUUACACUUGGGACGACGGGUGGACCAUUGCGACUGUUGACAACGGCUUCUGCUCCCAGUUUGAGCACACUGUGCUCGUCACUGCUGACGGCUGUGAGGUUCUAACUUCUGCGUAG